AUGGAUGCGUCGAGCUAUUCUUUACAUGGCAGAAUAAGAGAUGACUUAGGCGCAUUUGGAAUAUCAAUAAUCGAAGACGAUCUUCUUGGAGAGUUUGUUGGGCUGUCUACGAAAUACUGUCUGAGUCCCUCGUCUCUCGUUGAGAAAUACGUUGCCUUUCGUCAUAACCGAGGCUUAUCCGAUUCCCUAUGUCGAACUGACAUUUUGCUAUUUGAAAAGGAGCAACUUUUAUUAAGUAUAGCGCCCAAAGCAUCGCGUUCCUCUGAAACUAAAUCCCUGUGUUCCUUAAACGUCCUUCCUGAUGAAAUGCGAAAAGAGAUCCUCUCAUCCCAAAAUUUUGAUGAAAAGGAAAAUGUUAUGAGCUUUUACCUUGGAAAAUCUGUGCCGAACGCGGUGUCACGUUCUGUAAAUGUCCAUGCUACAAGCUCAGUUACAUUACAAGGGGUUACCAAAUCAUCGGGUAAGAUACUUUGUUCCUUUCCAACUCAAAUGGAGAAUCAGCAAUCUCAAUGGCAGACAGCAUUUCGCCCCUCUCUGAUUCUUCCAACACAUUCCUUCACUUGGAAAAUUCGAUCCGUCCCAAUCCAGAAAAGUAACUGCUUGAGAUACAUGCACCAACGACCGCUGGUAAAGGCUGAGAUUUUGGAUUCCUGGACAUGGGAUCAGAUUAGGCGAAUCAUGGAGUCACUUCCGCCAUCUGUGAUUGAAAAUACUGAUUCAACCAUGUCAAACAGGCCUCGUUUCAGUCUCUCCAGUGUCUUGGACCCGUCAUUAAAACAGAGGGACUCCGAGGUCAAAAAGCCCGCUAUAUCCGCGCUUCGUCCGGUCCACAGUAGGCUGCAAACGCCCAGUCUGGUAGCAGGCCGGGUGGCCGCGCGCCCUGAAGCUGGAGCUGUCAAAGACGUUGUUCAACAUCAACGACUAGACCCACUGAGUGUCUGUAUCGUCGGCACAAGAAGAGCCGGUGGUGGGGAUCUCGGUCGAGUCAUGCUCGAUGUCAACACAAAUGCCUCAAGCCUUGAGUAUUCACUGUACAUAGGCCAGCCUGUCGUAUUUAGGGCUACGAAUGUAAAUGGUCGCUCUCUCAUUGCAUUUGAAUUUUAUCAGCCGAAAAUCCUUCCUCUUUUUGACGUUGAAGGUGAAACGUGCUCUGGCCUCCACCUUGCAGUUGCCUGUGGUCCAUUCACCACGAACACCUCUCAUGAUAUUUCACCCCUGUUAGCUCUACUGAAAAGCAUUAAAGAGCACCAACCGCAUGUGCUCAUCCUACUUGGCCCAUUCGUUGAUUCUUCUCAUCCACUCAUUGGGGACUACUGCGACUCAACCUUUGACGAACUCUACCAGGCCCGCCUCAAUACGGUGGCUGAAUGGUGCUUUCUGCUGAAAAUUAAAGUUGUCGUAGUGUCCUCGUGGCGCGAGGUCUGUGGGAGUCCCGUUUACCCCACUCCGCCUCCCUUUGAUUCUGCUAAACCGCCCUGGGCUUAUAAGAAUCCAGAAGUGGCUUCCUGGUAUGAAAACGUCACCUUUGUGUGGGAUCCCAGCACUAUCAAAAUCGGGCCCUAUUGCUUGGGAUUGUCUUCACCUGACGUACUCUUCCAGAUGAGCUCAGUGGAAAUAAGUGCCAACUGUACAGGUGAUCGAUUGGCUCGCCUUUGCCGGCACAUUUUGGCGUCAGGUACGUACUACCCCGUUCACCCCGCCUCUGAGGAUCUGCCUCUUGACUAUCCCCUCUGGUGGGAGCACGCCCGACUACCCCCGGAUCAUUCUCCCCACUGCGUCAUACUGCCCUCUAGACUUAGAACCUUCAUCAAGAAUGUGGAGGGUGUGGUUUGCGUCAAUCCCGGACUGACUGCGCGCCCGACCAGUGCCAGUGGUGGUAGCUACGCGCGACUGUUCUUCACCAGACCCCAAGUUUGCGAUACGGACCAAUCGGCUGAGAAACUGGUCUACGGCAAAGUCGUCAUACAGGGCGAGGUGCUACAGCUCUAG